AUGUCUGAAAUGGUUGGUAUUGUCGAAGGAAAUGGGAGCAGAUCUGAAACGAUUGUGAAUAUCGAGGAAGACGAAUGGGAAUCUGAACUUUGUCCUGGAGAUCCUGAAGCGCUCAACAAAGGUACCUCAUUCCGACCUGUCCAAUUCUCAUCAAACCUUCCCACUUCCUCUCAGUUCGCCGUCAGCUUGGAAAGUGAAGAUAAGGGCAGUGUCAAUGUGUGGCAUGUGAGAUUGAAGCUAGAACCUCAUUUCAAAAUUAGCGCCUUCAUACCAGAUGGCACAAUAUUACGGACGAUAUUCUGGUGUUCUCAUUGCGGCAAACUGUACAAGACUAUGGUCGCGGAGGUUCAUUUCCCGUCGCCACUUGUCGAGGUGGAAAAGGAGGUGCUUACAGAGGAAAAUAGAAAAGGAUCAGAGAGAGGGGUGGAUGAGGGGUCGGUACCCUUCGAGAGAUCUGAGCCAUCUUGA